AUGUCUUCAAAAUUAGAAAGGCGCUUUGCCUCUGCCGCGGUUGCGAUAAACAAUUUUUUGGACAAAACACCCAAGAUUUAUAAUGUUUAUGUCAUUGCUAGUAUCUCAACAAUCACCGGUAUGAUGUUUGGUUUCGAUAUCUCAUCUAUGUCUGCUUUCAUUGGUACGCCGACAUAUAUGAAGUAUUUCAAUAGCCCUGCUUCUGAUAUGCAAGGUUUCAUCACCUCAGCUAUGGCUUUGGGUUCUUUAUUUGGAUCUAUUGCUUCAUCAUUUGUUUCUGAACCAUUUGGUAGAAGAUUAUCGUUGAUAAGUUGUGCAUUCUUUUGGGUGGUUGGUGCAGCUAUUCAGUCUUCUUCUCAAAACAGAGCACAAUUGAUUAUUGGUCGUCUCAUUUCCGGUAUUGGAGUCGGUUUCGGAUCUUCCGUAGCUACUAUUUACGGUGCAGAAUUAUCCCCAAGAAAAAUCAGAGGUUUAAUUGGUGGUUUGUUCCAGUUCAGUGUUACCCUUGGUAUUAUGAUUAUGUUUUACAUUUCAUAUGGUUUAGGUAAAAUCGAUGGUGUGGCCUCUUUUAGAAUUGCAUGGGGUAUUCAAAUCAUUCCUGGAUUACUUUUGUUAAUUGGUUGCUUUUUAAUCCCAGAGUCACCACGUUGGUUGGCCAAGCAAAACCAAUGGGAAAAAGCAGAAUUUAUAGUGUCCAAAAUCCAAGCUAAAGGUAACAGAGAAGACCCAGAAGUUUUGAUUGAAAUAUCCGAGAUUAAAGACCAAUUGUUAUUGGAAGAAUCUGCUAGAUCAGUUGGUUACACUACUUUGUUCACCAAAAAAUAUAUCGUUAGAACUUUCACAGCCGUGUUUGCUCAAAUUUGGCAACAAUUGACUGGUAUGAAUGUUAUGAUGUACUAUAUUGUUUACCUUUUCAUGAUGACUGGUAAAACCGGUAAUGCCAAUUUAGUUGCAUCUUCAAUUCAAUAUGUGUUGAAUGUUGUUUGUACCAUUCCAGCAUUGUUCCUUGUUGAUAAAAUUGGUAGAAGACCAUUGUUGAUUGGUGGUGCCCUCAUGAUGAUGGUUUGGCAAUUCGCCCUUGCCGGUAUUUUAGGUGGUACUUCCAGACCUUGGCCUGAUUCAGGUAACCCAACCGUUACUAUCCAGAUCCCCGAGAGCAAUCACAGCGCGUCCAAUGGUGCUAUUGCUUGUUCUUACUUGUUUGUGUGCAGUUUUGCAAUGACAUGGGGUGUGGGUAUCUGGAUUUAUUGUUCUGAAGUUUGGGGUGAUAACAGAAUCUCACAGCGUGGUAACUCGAUAUCUACUGCUGCUAACUGGGCAUUGAACUUUGCAAUUGCCAUGUACAGUCCUUCUGGUUUCCAAAACAUUAGUUGGAGAGUUUAUAUCAUCUAUGGUGUCUUUUGUUUAUGUAUGGCCAUUCACGUAUACUUUGGUUUCCCAGAAACACGUGGAAAACGUUUAGAAGAGAUUGGUCAAAUGUGGGACGAAAAGGUCCCUGCAUGGAGAUCCUCUUCUUGGCAACCUACUAUCCCAAUAGCAUCAGAUGCUGAUUUAGUGAGGAAGUUGAGCAUAGAACAUAAGGAGGACGGUUUGAUGGACCCCGAUACAAACUCGGAAGAGAAAAUUUAA